GAUGUUUCUCCAAAGAAUAAGCCAACUGAAAGAUCUGAGCUAACAUUGUUUCUUGAUUCAAUAUCAUAUGUUGGCAUCAUGGUGUCCAUUGUUUGUCUUAUCAUCACUAUAGCAUCUUACCUCUUAAGCAAGAAGCUAAGGUCAUCUGAUCAUGGUCAACUACUCCUCAAUCUUUGUUUUGCUCUUUUGGGCCUCUAUCUCUCAUUUAUUGUAGCUCUUCAUAGCAAAGAUACAAAUAUUUUUUGUGCCUUUUCUGGUGCUGUUCUUCAAUAUUUCUUCCUUGUCACUUUUAUUGUGACGGCUGCUGAAGCUAUUGAUCUAUAUAUUAAUCUUGUCAUAGUUUUAGGUCACAAGAUAGAUCACUUUGUUCUGAAAGCAACUUUAGUAUCAUGGAUUGCUCCAGUUUUUGUUGUGCUGUUCUGCUUUUCUCCAGACUACAAAAGCUACAUCAGUGAUCCUCCAAAUUUUUGUCGUGCCUUCAAAGCACCAUUUUAUAUUGGUGUAGUGGUUCCGUUUGUUCUAAUUUAUCUGUUCAAUUGGAUCAUUUUUGUCAUGAUAAUAGUCUCUCUUUCACGUAAAACACUUUCAUUAAAACUGAAUAAUGUUAAAACGAAAAAGGAAUCAAAAAUUUUGAAGCAGCAGUUGAUGAUAGCAAUCACUCUCUCCAUCCUUUUUGGCUUUGGCUGGGGACUUGGACUGCUUGUCACUGAGGACAUUUAUACCAGCAAAACUGUACGUGAUUUAAUAGCUUCUGUUUUUGUUUUCUUGACUGGAUUUCAUGGUCUUUUUAUUUUUGUAAUAUACUGUCUACGUUCUAAAGAGGUUCGAUUUGUUUGGAAAAAUGUUUUCCUUUGUAAAAAAGGUAAAGAAUUCUCGACAACAAAUUUCAAUAGAAUUCAAAAAACAUCCACAGGCACUACAACAAUGAUGUCUCAUAAUCUGGCAGUCUCAUUAAAGAAGGAUCAAACUUGUAAAUUUGAAGAAGGCAGUCAAAUGAGAGUGCAUGAUUACACCAAGAAGAACGAACCAAGAGAAAAAGAAUUAAAUAAAAGUGAAGAGCAUAUUAAUUUAAACUGCAUCCCAAAUGAUGAUGCACAAGCCACUUUAAGGUUUUAUACUAAAAAGUACCAAGAUCAAUUUAAUAUUGGUGAAACUGAAGCAAUAUCCAAAGUGGAUAGCAAAAGUCAAGAACCCCAAUAUUCUGUUGGUAAUUUUGGUAACGAUAAUAAAAGAAACGACUCCCACGAAGUGGAUGAAGAACAUUUCUAAGCAAAAAAGGAAUGCAUGAAACUAAAUAAUUAAUAUUUUCUGUCCUAUAAUAUACAGUGAUAUAAUUAUUGAUGAUUUUUGUAGUUAUAGUUUUGUACUGUUUUAAAUACUGAUUAAAGGAAAUGACUAAUGCUUUUUGUGUAGUAUAAUUGUUCUGAUUAUGAGUGC